AUGGGCAAAGACAGCAACACAAACGCAGAACGGCGGCCGAUGCCCCGAUCGAUGGGCUUCGAGAGCCGCACACAGCACGCAUACAAGGGCAAGAUUAUCAAGCAGCGGAUUGAGCGCAACCAGAAGGCGCACGUCAAGCGCAAGUUUUACAAGACGGUCAAGGACGACGUCACUGAGCAGAGCGAAUACUAUAAGGGCCUGCUGAAGGACAGCGAGGACGGCAAGGAGGACGACAAAGAAAAAAUGCCCGCCCAGGAGAGCGACAGCAAGGAGGAGGAGGCAGGAUUCAGCCUGUUUACCGGCAAAAGCGUCAGCGCCAAAAUUGUAGACAAGAAGACGGACAAGUCGGCUGGCAAGGCGGCUGGCAAAGCACCGUCGGCUGAGAAGCGCAAGCCGCGGACGAACCCGUACCAAAAGAUCCUGGACGCACGCGAGAAAGAGAUGGCGCGGAAGCAGGAGGAGCGCGAGCAGCGCGAGAAGGAGAUCAAGCAGGCAACCAAGCGGCGCAACAAGUACGAGCAUGACCGCAAGGUGCUGCGCAAGAAGCACAAUGCGCGGACGUCCAAGGGCCAGCCAGUGCUGGCGAACCAGAUCACCGACUUGCUGGGCAAGAUCCGCAAAAUGAACCACAAAAAAAAUUGA